UUUUUUCCUUUCAGUGAAAUCCUCUAGUCACUUCCUGCUCGAGCGCUUCAACACACUUCCGUUAUUCUCUGAGUGGCUGGCCAAUUCAGAAUCGAUAGCUGCUCCCUACAGGCAGCCGGGAUUCCUCACAGGCACCAGCCAGGACUUCCACGCAGGGAUGCUCUUUCUCCCCAUCAGCAAGCAGCAGAGAGAACGAAGAUGAACCCACUUUCUUUUGCAGCGUGAGGUGAAUCUUACCUUUUUCAAGCCUUCAUUUAACCUUUGUGCUCUUGCGCGUGAUUGCUGGCAUUUGCCUUUGCACGGAGGGGUGGUCCGCCUCCGUGCGCUCAUUUGGGACCCAUCUAUUAAAGGAGCAGCGUUUCUUGGGUGGAGCCCCAGUUCAGAAUAUGUGCCUUGCUUUUCCAUUGACUGCAGCUCUUGCUUUGUGCUGUGCACUUCAGAAUGGCUCGGUAGCUGACUAUCAGCCAGCUGAGGGGUGCCCUGCUUGAAUACCCAGAGAAAAGCUCAGCCAGGGAGCAAAGAAUACCCUCUGGAUUCCCCAGGAAGGGGAUGUGUUUCUUGUAAGGUUGUGGUGUUUGUUUUUUUUUGAAGAAAGCCUGCAGCGCUGACUGAGCAAAUAUGACAAUACAUUUUUAAAGAAUCGAGAAGGAAUGGAAACUGCAGUCAAGAGAGAAUUUGGGAACAAGAAGCUGCAACAGCUCAACUAGGGCGUGGCACGAGGGCAGCCACCGACCCUUCCGAGAGUGGCCACAAUCUCUACUCUUAUUGGGAGCAUCUUUGAUGAUCUGAACCAGCAUCCUCCCAAACAUGGAUUACUCAGACACUGCCAGUGGGAAGCCAAGCUUCUCGCAGAACAGGCUGAUCGGUUUGUUAGAAACGGAUGACAGCAUCAAGACAGGUACAUCUGCCGCUGAUCAACAGGACGAAAGCAAAGGGGCCCGUGGAGGGAAGGAGAAACCACCCAUGGAGACUCCUUUUCAGAAGGAGAGCAGUAACUUUUCUCCAACGAUCAAGGUUAAUUUGAAUUAUCGACCAGGACUUGCCAGAAAUAGCCAACAGGACGCAAAUUACUUUGAUAGAGAUCGGCUUUUUGGUGCAGUCGCAAGGGGUAACCCAGAAGAGCUGGAUGGUUUGUCUGAUUACUUGAAAAAGACCUCCAAAUUUCUUUGCAAUACAGAAUAUACAGACGCCAAGACGGGUAAGACCUGCUUAAUGAAAGCCCUGCUGAAUUUAAAAGAUGGGACCAACGCCACUAUUCCACUGUUGCUAGAAAUAGACCAGAAGACUAAGACUAAAAAACCACUUGUCAAUAUUGCAUGCAAGGACUGUUACUAUGCAGGCCAGACUGCACUCCACAUUGCCAUAGAAAAGAGGCACCUAGAUUUAGUAAAGCUGCUGGUGGAGAAUGGAGCUGACGUCCAUGCCAGAGCCCAUGGCGAAUUCUUCAGGAAGAAGAAGGAAGGAGUGUGUUUCUAUUUUGGCGAACUUCCCCUUUCCUUGGCUGCUUGCACCAACCAGCUUGACGUGGUACAAUACCUCCUUGAUAACCCCUACCAGAAAGCCCGGCUCCGUGAACAGGAUUCCCUGGGCAACACAGUGCUCCAUGCCCUGGUGAUGAUUGCUGAUGACACCGAGCAGAACACGGAGUUAGUGAGCAACAUGUAUGAUGAGAUCUUAAAGGCAGGCACGAAGAUUAACCCCUCAGAGAAGCUUGAGGAAAUAGUGAACCGGGCUGGGUUAACACCACUGAAACUGGCUGCCAAGACGGGCAAAGUAGAGAUCUUCAGACACAUUCUCCAAAGAGAGAUCAAGGAUCCGGAGUACCGGCACCUGUCUCGCAAGUUCACUGAAUGGACUUAUGGACCCGUCCAUGUAUCUCUCUAUGACUUGGCCUCUGUAGACAGUUGUGAGAAAAACUCUGUAUUAGAGAUCCUUGCUGAGAGCAGUGACACACCAAAUCGAUACAAGAUGGUAGUUCUGGAGCCGCUAAACCAACUGCUUCAGCAUAAAUGGGACUCAUUUGCUGCUAGGAGGUUUUACUUAAGUUUUUUCUCUUAUUUUAUAUUCAUGGUGAUUUUCACGGUCCUUGCCUACCACCGUCCCCUGCAGUUACAGUCUCCAUUUCCUGCAGAGUUCACCGCUCUCGCCUUCCUGCAGCUCGUUGGACAGAUCAUUGUUUUCCUGGGAGGCUUUUAUCUCAUCAUUGCUCAGACUCUGUACUUCGUGAGGAGAUGGCGGAGCCUGAAGCACGUGUUCUCCGAUGGCUGCAUUGAGGUCUUUCUCUUGCUCCAGGCAUUCUCGCUGCUGCUUUCGGCCGUGCUGUACCUUGUGCCUUCAGAAGUUUACGUGCCCACCAUGGUAUUGUCCUUGCUGCUGGGAUGGGUGAACAUGCUGUACUACACUCGGGGCUUCCAGUGGACUGGAAUCUAUUGCGUCAUGAUACAGAAGACCAUCCUGCGGGAUCUGCUACGCUUCCUCAUGGUUUACGGGAUCUUCCUCUUUGGCUUUGCGGCAGCUCUGGUCACCCUCACGAGGGAGGCCCCCCCGGCUUCCCAGAACACGACUGUAGCCCAAGAGGAUGACGAUAAGGGCGGUGGGGCCUACAGGGGGCUGCUGAGCACUUCCCUGGAGCUCUUCAAGUUCACCAUUGGGAUGGGGGACCUGGAGUUCCAGGAGCAUGUGAAAUUCAAAUACUUUGUCCUGCUCAUGCUGCUGCUGUUUGUGAUCCUGACCUACAUCCUCCUGCUCAACAUGUUGAUCGCGCUCAUGAGCGAGACGGUCACCAAUGUCUCUGGUGACAGCAAGAGCAUCUGGAAGCUGCAGAGAGCCAUUGCCAUUCUGGAAAUAGAGAAGUCCUGGCUGUGGUGCCCAAGAAGGAAGCCGAGAUCUGGCUGCUUCUUGUCCGUGAGCCUUGAUGAUGAGAAAGAUGAGAGGUGGUGUUUCAGAGUGGAAGAGAUUGAUUGGGCCAACUGGGAAAAGGAGCUGGGAGUUAUCAAGGAGGACCCUGGGAACUCCAGAGACAGGAAAACAGAAGCCCAAGAGAAGAAAGCAUGGCCCUGGAUGUCACGGGCGCAAGCAAGCCCAGCAACGUCGGAGGAGCAGUUGCCGUUGCAACCCAUCAGCCAGUGAUGGAGAUGAGGCCACCAGACAAGGUCAAGCCAAGAGACCGUAGCAUGUUCUCAGCACUGGGAUCCGGUUCUUGCUCCCAACGGCAGGGGAAUUCUCCAUUCUGUGGUGUUGCUCAUAUUGAGAUGAAAAAACAAUCAGUAUUCAUGAGUCUCGUCGAAGACUGGUUCAGGCUGGGGCUUUUGUGCAUAUGAAGUAUUUCCUUUGAAGAAAUCAUUUCUGUUCAACUUCUUCUGCCUAAUUCUUUUCCCCUGCAGUGCUUAAAAAGGAGGCUAUAUGUGAGAGAGAGAUUGGGGUUGUAGCUCCUGGAUAGGAUGUGUUUCUUAUCUAAGCAUCCGCUUUGAAAUUUCUCCUGGGAAGCCGGCAUUAAAAUUUCAGUU